CUGUCUUUCCUUCCCCUCCCUCCUGCCUGCCUCCUCCCUUCCUCUGUAUGUCAUUGGGGAUUAGCAGCUGGGGCCAGGCCAGCUCGGCAGCGCCUGGCAAUCCGCUGCGCACGACCGCACGCAGAGGCACAGAGACCACAAAUAAACGAGGAGGGGACGGGUCUCGAGUUAUUUUUUUUUAUGGUCUAAUGAGCCUCCCGCCCCCUUUCUAGCCUGGGCGGGAAGAAGGCGAAGAUCCGUCCCCCGGGCCUCUGCGGGCGCUAGGACUUCCUGGAGCGAAGCCGGCCGCCUGGGAAGCGCCGCUGGGAGCCUUCGGCUGCUGGGAGGAGCCGCGGGGCGCCGGGGCACCAUGAAGGAUCGGCUGGAUCAGCUCAAAUCCAAGCAGGACCAGGAUGAUGAUGCUGACGAUGUGGAGAUUGCCAUCGAGAACACGGGGUUCAUGGAUGAGUUCUUCUCCGAGAUUGAAGAAACCCGACAAAAUAUCGAGAAAAUUGCAGAGAAUGUGGAGGGGGCAAAAAAGCUGUACAGUAUCAUCCUGUCCGCCCCCAUCCCUGAGCAAAAGACAAAAGAUGACCUGGAGCAGCUCACGGCAGAGAUCAAGAAAAUAGCCAACAGCGUCCGAAACAAGCUUAAGAGCAUGGAGCGGAGCAUCGAGCAGGAUGAGGUCCAGUCGUCAGCGGAUCUGCGGAUACGGAAAUCCCAGCAUUCUGUCCUCUCCCGGAAGUUUGUUGAUGUGAUGACCAAGUACAACGAGGCACAGGUCGACUUCCGGGAACGUAGCAAAGGGCGGAUCCAGCGGCAGCUCGAGAUCACUGGGAAGAAUACGACAGAUGAGGAGCUGGAGGAGAUGCUAGAGAGUGGAAACCCCUCAAUAUUCACAUCUGGGAUCAUGGAUUCACAGAUCUCGAAGCAGGCGCUGAGUGAGAUUGAGGGGCGGCACAAGGACAUUGUGCGACUUGAGAGCAGCAUCAAGGAGCUUCACGACAUGUUCGUGGACAUCGCCAUGCUGGUGGAAAACCAGGGAGCCAUGAUCGACCGCAUAGAGACCAACAUGGACCAGUCGGUGGGCUUUGUGGAACGGGCCGUGGCUGAUACCAAAAAGGCUGUGAAAUACCAGAGCGAGGCCAGAAGGAAGAAGAUCAUGAUCAUGAUCUGUUGUAUCAUCCUGGCCAUCAUCCUGGCUUCCACCAUUGGGGGCAUCUUCGCCUGAGUGCCCAUCUCCUGCCAUCCGCCCACCACAGAUGGAUUUGCAGAUGGCCUUUCACCGUUCUUCCACUCCGCACGCUGGUGCCACCCGUCAAAUGUUCUUUCCCAUCUGGAUUUCUCACCAGCUCUACCUCUGACUCUUUAUGGAGAAGUCACAGGCCUGGCUAGUGGACCCUACCUGUCAGAUGUUCACCAUUCAGAGAGUUCCUGGCUGGAGGGGCAGAGGAAGCCAGAAUAGAACAGGGAGGAUGGGCUGCAAAGACAGAACCAAACAAGACACCACGGGGAUGAUGCUAGCUGACACUAAAGGAAGUUCAUCUUCCAAUGUAACCAUUUUCAGACUCCAUGUUUAUUGGCUGUUUAAAGUGCUUCUAAAUAUCAACCUUUUAGUUCAACUCUGUUCUCAGUCCUAGUGGCUCCUUCUGCCCAUUUGUGGGUGGAGACUGACUAGCCGGCAGAGGACAUCUGUUCAAUGGAAUGUGUAUGCUCAGCACAAACUUACUGAAGGGUGGGGAAUGGCACAGUCCUGCUUAUGUUGCUCUGGGAGGCUCAGUUAUCCUCCUUGGUGGCCAGGGAUUAAAGACCGCAUCUGACAUUGUAACUGUCAAUACAUCAAAAGUGUAAUCAGGCACUGAACUGUGAGAACAUCUUUCCCCAGAUGAGCAACAUAGCUGUUUUCUCUCUCUGAUCCUUGUGACCCCCUAUUUCUCUGGUUCUUUCCCAGUCCACUCUUGCUGCUGAGGGUGGGAAUCAGAACAUGCUUGACCUGAAUCACUAAUACUUAGAAGGCAUAAGGACCUUCACUCACUCAGCUAGGGUCUCUUAGGCACAAUAUAGACUCUAUUUCCCUUGUUAAUCUGUGGGAUAGUCUCAUUUAUCCUACAGCAAAAUCUUUCACCUGAAAAUUUGUCACUUAUUUUGAAACCCCAAACCGUGUCAACUUGAGUGUAUUUGUUUGGUUUUCCCUCUCCUUGGAUAAAUCAUUUCUGCAGUAGGCAGGAGUGACUUGGAUACUGUCACUCCAUACAUCUCCUGAUGCUUCUGUUCCUUUGGGUCCUUCCUUGUCUAUCCACAUGAGGAAAGCUCUAAGGUUACUUUCCCCUACAUUACUCAUACAUGAGCCAAUCAUCACUGAGAGAUUCUUCAGAGAGAGGAAGAUUUCCAUGAAAUCUAAUGAUCCCUCCCCAGUUACACAAAGGGCAAAUGACAUGUUCCCCUUAAGGGUCAGGUGUAAGUGGAGCAGAGGACUCUACCUCACUCAGUGCUUAAGAUAGCCCCCACCCUGCAUUUAUAUCAGCUGUUAUCUGUAUAGUUACUGUUUCUAAAGGCACAACCAUCUAUACAGAAGCCUCUUUCUGAAUAAAGAGU